AUGAAAUUAGCCCCAAACCUGAACAGAAUGGGAAAAGAAAGAAAGAUUAUUGUCUUUUAUGAGUACAGAAACAUUCAGGGACAUUCCUAUGAGUGCAGCAUGGACUGCCCAGAGCUGUCGUCCCACUUUAGCCACUGUAACUCCAUCCAAGUUGAAAGUGGGGCCUGGGUUUUGUAUGAGCACCCAAACUUCAUGGGCUGCCAGGAUAUCCUAACCAGAGGAGAGUAUCCUGAUUACCAACGCUGGAUGGGCUAAAGUGACUCUAUCAGGUCCUGUCAUUUGGUGCGAAAUAAUACUGGCAUUUUUCGUAUUCGUCUAUAUGAGCGUCCUGACUUUCAGGGUCAGAUUAUGCAGUGCAAUGAGGACUGGCUCUCCCUGUCUGACCGCUUCUGUCAUCGUGAGGUCCAUUCCUGCAAUGCUCUGGAUGGAGCCUGGGUCUUCUUCGAGCAUCCUAACUACAGGGGACGUCAGUAUUUGUUGGAGAGAGGCGAGUACCACCGCCUCACUGACUGGAAUGCCAUGCAUCCAAUUGUUGGCUCCAUCCACCGUGUUCAGGAGUUUUAG